AUCAGCAGCACCGGUCUGGUCGGCAGCUCUCCCUUUUCUUCCCCCUGCGAAGUGGCCGCGGCGAGAUAGGCCGCGGGCCCGAUGUGGGGCGGAUGGGCUGUGCCCCUCCUCCGUGUAUGGAGGUUACGGCCAGCAGGGACUCUUGCAAGGCGACCGCUAAACUGCAAGGAUGCAUCGCUGGCGGGAAGCAACUCCCCGCAGUGUUGGAACUGCGGCCGCCGCGGGAGCCCCGUGCGGGGGAACGGGUUCUUCUGUCCGCAGUGCCGCGCGCUGCAACCACCGGACUCCACUCGAGACUACUUCAGCCUCAUGGACUGCAACCGUUCCUUCAGAGUUGAUACUGUGAAGCUCCAGCAAAGGUACCAGCAACUACAGCGCCUUAUCCACCCAGAUUUCUUCAGCCAGAGGUCUCAGCCUGAAAAGGACUUCUCAGAGAAGCAUUCAACCCUGGUGAAUGAUGCCUAUAAGACCCUCCUGGCCCCCCUGAGCAGAGGAUUAUACCUUCUAAAGCUCCAUGGAGUAGAGAUUCCUGAAAAGACAGACUAUGAAAUGGACAGCCAAUUCCUCAUGGAAAUAAUGGAAAUCAAUGAAAAACUAGUAGAAGCUCAAAGUGAAGCUGUGAUAAAAGAAAUUGAAUCUAUUGUCAGAGCUAAACAGAAGGAAUUGACUGACAAUGUAAGCAGAGCUUUUGAACAAGGUACCUUCUUCGUUUCUUGACUUGCUUUAAUAUGGAAAGAAUUGUAAGCACUGAGAUGAUUUUGAAAAAGCCAAGGAAAUUUUAACAAAGAUGAGAUACUUUUCAAAUGUAGAAGAAAAGAUCAAGUUAAAGAAGAUUCCCCUCUAAUGGUUGCUAAUCUAAAAGUUUUUAAAAUAAAAGUUCUUGCAUAUUUCUUUUCUGGCUUCUGCUAAUAAGACUAGUAUGCUUUCACCACUAAUGUCAUCUUAAUUAAGCCUGUGGCUUAAGCCUUAAUGGAUGGCAGAUUUUGUCAUGCCAGUGGAAACACAGCCUAGCCCGAGCCUGAGUGGCCAGUCCUUCAUGGGAUACUUGAUAGACCAUGUCCCCAGUCUAGGCCAGUGGAUGAGGAGGUGGGGAUGGGGCCAACUUGGGAAUCUAAAGGGGUGGGCAAACUUGUUUUACAAAGGGCUACACCAUAAAUUCUUCACGUUUUUUGGACCAUACUGCCUUGAUUGUAACAACUGUGUCGUUGUAGCUUCACUUACAAAAGAAGCAAUAGGCUAGAGUUGGCCAUGGGGUCGUUAGCCUCUGCCCUAGAACGUCUUCUCGGUAAAGGCAUGAACUUCACCGAUGCCCUUGUUAGUACGGUCUUCAUGGCUCUCUUUUUGGUAACCAUGCAAAGUUGCCUUUGGACCUCUUCGGCCUACUUUUCAAAAUGUAGAUAAUAUUACGAAGAUUUAGUCUGGUAUUAAACCCCAGCAACAUUUUCAGCUCCACCUUGGUGGCAUGGAGCAGUUUUAAUUUCUCCCUGGACAGUUGACACUCUCUCGUCGUGAUUUCUCUGCCUCUCUAAUCCAGCCCAAAGCAGUUCUACUUCCCCUUCUGGAUUUUUGGAAAUUGAGUUUAAGUUCUUGAUUCAUUUCCAGAAGAAAACCUCUUAAGCUCUCUGGAUCAAGGGAGAUUAAAAUAGAAAAUCUGAUUUUCAAAAUUGCAAGGAAUAACUCUUGGAGGGAAAUGCUUGGUUAUAAUUGAAGAAAAAUCAAGGUUCUGAACCAAGGUUUGAAUAAUACUAGAGUUUAAAACUGCAGUUCCUUUGCAUCCUCUCAUCGUUGAUUAAGGAUUUGUAUCUUGAGAAUCCUGAUCUUGUUAUAGCAGUUACCGUUUUAGGAUUUAUGGAUCUUCUAAAGGCAGAUAAACCACAGCAGCUGUCUGGCUUAAUAGUAUUUAGGAGUGUCAGUACAGUCUCCAACUCCUUUACAGCUUACCAGGAGAAUCAGUUACUUGUCUGAAAACACACAGGGAGCCCUUUAAAUAAAUAACUACAAUGCAAGAAAUGUCCUGAUUUAAUUGGGUGCUUCUGCAAAGAAAGGAAGAGAUGAAAGCAUUGUUUGAAAUAUUUCUGUGGACAGUCUUCAUUCCUUCCUCAGAACAGUGAUCAAGAACAAAACAAUCUGGCCACAAAAAGAAAUCAGAUAAACAUUGCCUCACACAUCAUCUUUGGAGGCACUUCAGAGAAACUUUCCCUUACCUGUUGCCAUCAGGAAGGGCCACUGGGUCUCCCAGCAAACUAUUUCUGAUUUAGGAAAUAAAUGAACAAAGACCUUC